AUGCAUAGUCCUGAGAAUAUGUCGUAUGGAUUUCUAAAAGAAAACAUCGAAAAACAAAAUCGUCGGUCAAACUUUCUCCACUUUGAAACAUUCCGAACUAACAUCAAUCGUGUGCCAAUCACCACCAAAUUUUGGAGCAAAUAUGACUCGAAGGUUGAAGAUUUAGACGAAGAAAAGUUCCAAAACUACAUUCAUCAAAUUGAAAAGUCCAUUAAUGAAACACCAAAAACCAAAUACACGGAACCAAUGAUUGAGAGUCAUAAGUACGGAUGGAUAACUGAAUCUGUUUUUAAAUAUGAUGCACGUGACAAGGAACUCAUGCACCACCCACACGUAUAUGGAGACAUAACGAGAAUUGGUGAGAAAAUUGCUGCUGAAAAAGUUACGCAACGAUCAAAAUUUUCUGGUGUUCCAUUCAAGAUGUCAUAA